AUGUCAGAGUUUCAAAGAAAAUUGUUUCAAAAUAAGCUUGCAAAGGCUGAAAAGAGCUUGGGACUUAAUUUUUCGGAAGCUGUAGAUGAUGUUGAUAACUAUGGUAAUUCAGAAGAUUCAUUUGGUGAAUUAGCGCCAUUGCCGGGUGUGGGAGCACUCGGAUCACAUUCAUUUCAUCAUAAAACAAGGUUGGCAGCCGAAAGUGAGAAUGUGUUCGUUCAGAAUCUUCCGAAGUGGGGGGAUUUCUUUGACUGUAACGACAUUUACAGAGAUCCUAACAGUGGAUAUUGUUUUCAAACAUAUUAUUCGAAACCCAUAAUCAAUGAUACUAUUGAAGAUAUAAAUAAUAAUCCUGUUAUUUUCAUUUCUCAUCAUGGUGCUGGUUCAUCUGGAUUAACUUUUGCAAAACUUACACAGUCGUUGAAAAAGCAGUCUAAGCUUCAAGGAUACAAUGGUACCCCAGGAUUGUUUACUUUUGAUAUGAGAGGUCAUGGAACUACCAACCGAAUUAAUAGUACUGAGAGUCAGAAUUACUCUAUGUCAAUAGACCAGUUGUGCUAUGAUUUUGAAUUUGUAUUGAAGCAGUUUUAUAUUCAACAUUUUUCUAAGAGUGAUGUCAUCCCCAGCUUAUUUCUCUUGGGCCAUUCUUUAGGAGGUGCUGUUUUAACCAAAGUUGUUUAUGAAGAGCAGCAUAUGUUAAAAUAUAACAGAAAGGCAAAUUCUACAUCUAAAAGAAAGUCUCUGGAUUUGCCGUUACCUGAAAGUAUAUUCAAUUGCAUAAAAGGGCUUAUUAUGAUUGAUAUUGUGGAAGACACUGCAGUGAAAGCUCUUAGCUCGAUGCCAGCUUAUCUAAGAGGUGUUCCAAAAAGCUUUCCUUCCUUAAAAAGUGCGAUUGAUUGGCAUAUUUCAAGUGGAUUAAUACAUAACCGGAAAAGUGCGAUAAUUUCUGUGCCACCCUUGGUUUACAGGCGAGAUAAAUCGGGACAGGGACCGUAUUGUUGGGUCACUGAUCUUUCUAAGACGGAAAAGGGAUGGGCAAGUUGGUUCACUGGGCUCUCUUCUAAUUUUAUCAGUAUAGGCAACUCUGUCUCAAAAAUGCUUAUUUUGGUCAAUAAUGAUUAUCUCGAUAAGGAUUUAAUGAUAGGCCAAAUGCAGGGUCGAUACCAAUUGACGGUUUUCCACAACUCUCAACUGCAACUCAAAAAUACAUUGACUACACAGACUAAAACAAUUUGCAGCGAAGACUCUGAUGAACUGGGUCAUUUUGUCCAUGAGGAUAUUCCCGAUAAGGUUUCCAUCAGCCUUCUGGAAUUUGUUGAAAGAAACGAUUAUGAGGAUCUGAGUCGCAGUCAAAAUCCUUCCGUAAGCUCGAAAAUUGAUUUAUUGAAUAAGUUGAAUAAAAAAUGGGGCAUCAAAAAAUGA